CAGUUUGUGCUGGGAUUUGUUUGUAGUCUGUCUUGCUGCUGAAAUCCAAAGCAAUAAUGGCUUACAGGACUGUGGUGAUGUACAUGGAGAUAGGCUGCUUUGUGGUCUGUGUGUCUGGAUGGAUACUGGUCUGUUCUACAAUGCCAACAGAUAUCUGGACUUGGUCUGAAGUUAGCACCUUGGUCCUGACAACAUCAAACUAUUACUCCAACCUGUGGAAGGACUGCAUAUCUGACUCAACUGGAGUAUCUGACUGCAAGGGAAUUCCCUCAUUGCUGGCACUGAACUGGGAAAUUCACAUGUGCCGGGCUCUUAUCAUCAUUUGUAUUAUCCUGUCUUUCUUCGGAUCAAUUUUGGUCUUAAUAGGAAUGAAGUGCACUAAGAUUGGAGGGUCUGAGCUUGUCAAUGCAAGAGUAACCUUUGCUGGAGGGAUGAACUACCUCAUAGGAGGGAUGUGCUCUAUGGUUGCUUUCUCUUACUAUGGAAACAAAAUAAGAGCUGAAUUUCAUGACCCUACCUACAUGGAACAGAAGUUUGAAAUAGGUGUAGGUGUCUUCAUUGGCUGGGGAGGCUCUACGUUGCUUGUUUGUGGAGGCCUAAUUUACAGUGUCUUUGCAGGAAGAGAAGGGUGCCGUUCAAGCUCAAAGAGAUACCCUGUCCACCAGUUCCGAGAUGCCUACACAGAUAUUCCAGCACAAAAGAGCCUCAUGUCUUUGGCUCCCACAGAGAUCAGUAAGAACAGAAAGUCAAGGACCAUAUGCAAUAGCAACAGCAGCAGAGCCAGCAGCAUCUCAGAGAUCAACAGUACCAAGACAACAGUCACUCAUUUAUAUGUGUGACUUAUCUUUUCUGUCUUUUGGUUUUUCAAAAAGAAAAAUGUGUAAUGUUGAGAGUGAUUUAAUAUCAAAUCUAGUCCUUC